UUCUUCGGAUAUUUCAAAUUAUUCAUCCAACAGCAACACAAUUACACAAGUGUUGACCACUUGCGGUUUUGUUUUUGUUAGUGGCCUAGUUUAAACGACCUUGGGCUCUACUUUAGUCUGCAGCCAUACUUUUCCUAACUUUUCCUGUCAUGAUGCCAGGCAUAUAUGUUGACGUUGUUGAAGAAAACGACGUCGUUAAAAAAAAAAGGGUGAUCCACCUCACCAGUGCAGCGCAAACAGGCUCUGGAACUUCCAUAGAUCCUUUUAUUUCUAGCUCAGCUGCUUCCUCUUCCUCUGCUACAGGCAAACCGUGCGACCGCUGUGGUUAUCAUUCAGGACUUAGCGGUGUUAUUUCUACCUGCGUUGACUGCUUCUUAGGUCGUGAUGAACUCUGCCUUUUUGAGUAUGGUGUUUCAAUUCGUUACCUUCUUACAAGGGGCUCGAGGAGGGACCUGCACCACCGCUUCCUCUGAUUUAGAAAAGGUUGUUUGUGAUCGUGCUCGUCACCUUCUCAAUAAAAAUGAUGUUGUUGC